AUGCAGCCUGCCUACAUGUCCAUCAUCUGUUUUCUUGGAGUGAUCGGCAACUCCUUUGUGCUUUGUGUAUUCUGUCUCCAGAAGCGGCGCAGCUCUGUGGCCGACAUCUACCUGAGCAACCUGGCAGCAGCUGAUCUGCUCAUGGUUUCAUGCCUGCCCUUUUGGGUUGCAACCAUUAUCGACAAGUUCCACUGGAGGUUUGGGGAGCUCAUGUGCCAGCUUAUCAACAUUGUCAUUGGGAUGAAUUAUUAUUGCAGCGUGCUGUUUCUUACGCUUGUUAGCUUGGACAGAUACCUGGCCCUCACUAGACCCCUAAGCCAGGGGAGGGAGAGACGGGCAUUCUGGGCACGUGGGAUUUGCUUCAGUAUCUGGGUUGCUGGGGUCUUGCUCAGCUUCCCUGCUAUCCUCUUCCGCUCUGUUCAGUUCUUCCCUCAUCUGGGCAUAGACGCAUGCUACCUAGCGUAUCCCCAUGAAGGUUGGAGACUACGCUACAACAUGACUGUCAGCAUAGUAGGCUUCCUUAUCCCUGUUCCCAUUGUAUCCUACUGUAGUUACCACAUCACUAAAGUCCUUCGGAGCAGCCAGAAGAUGAAAAAAGGCAGCAGAGGCAGCGUGGAAAGGAAGGCAGCAUACCUCGUUCUUGUUGUUCUGGCUGUGUUCGUUCUCUCUUGGCUGCCCUAUCAGAUCUUGAUCUUCUUGGAUACCUUGGAUCACUACGGGAUCAUCUCUGGAUGUACAUGGGCGUACGUAUUGGACAUUGGCAACCAGUUAGCUACUUACUUUGGCUAUAGUAAUAGCUCAUUGAAUCCUUUCCUGUAUGUGAUUGUGGGAAAACACUUUAAGCAGAGGGCAAGGGAAGUGUUUAGACUUCUGCUGUGCAGAAGGAAGCAGCAAUGGAGGAAGUCUGGUCAUUCCAAUGCUAAUCUUAACUCAACUAAACAAACCGAGAGUACCAAAAUCUAAAUGUAUCUAUGCAUUUAAAGCUUUGACCAAAAACCACUGUUAAAGAAAUCUGUUUAUUAAGCAUGCAAUUGGUUUCUAUGUCUAGACUUACUGUCACACAGUUACUCACUUACCAUAUAAAGAAAUUGUUUCAACAUUUUGGGAGACAUGCUCCUUUGUUUUCUUUUAGGGUUAGAUAAGGUCAGUGCCACUCUCAUGUCUGUAAGCUUAUGAAAGCAGAAACAAUC